AUGACAUCUACGCAAUUACACGCUGACUGGACAUCUUCUGUCGACAAGUACGAAGAAGGCUUUGAGAGCAUCUUCAUCGGCGAACCAGAAACAACCCGAGCCGAUCUGAAACGUCUCUUUACUGAAGACUAUACAUCAAUUGUGGACGGAAAAUGUAUCGACUUUCCCGAAUUUGUCGAGCAUAUUCAACAUCUGCGACAGGUUACGACAGCUAUCAAAGUCCGAGUAACGCACUUUCUUCGCCGAGGGGACCAACUCGCCGAACGCCAUUUCGUCACUGCGGAAUUCUCCAACAAACCUCCAUCUAGAUAUGAGGUCUUUCUUUUCGCGACUGUUGAUGAAAGUGGAAGGAUUGAGAGGCUGGUGGAGACGUUGAGGCAGAUGGAUGGGCUGGAGGAGCAUAAACAUCUAGGCAGCGCCAGGGCUUAA